AUGAUCUCAAGUCAUCCGGUGGAUGUGGUGCUGGCAGCACGGCUACUUGGUGUUUGUGUUGCUCUAUCGUGCGCUCUUAUCAUUCGUCAGCUCUUCUAUCAUCCUCUUUCCGGAGUGCCGGGACCACGGCUCGCGGCCUUGACAAGUUGGUGGGAGUGUAUCAUAGAUCUGCAUCGUGACGGAGGAGGGCGGUACUACUUCUAUCUCAAGCGGCUCCAUGAGGAAUAUGCAUGCCCAAUUGUUCGCAUUGGACCGAAUGAAGUUCACGUCACGGACAACUCUUGGCUGCCGACAUUGUUCGGUGCGCCAGGCAGCGUACGUCACAAAUCAUUAGCACACAUACUGGGAAGCAAUCUAGGGUCAGCAUUCGGAACCGUCGACCACUACCUGCACCGGCAGCGUAGGGCAUCAAUCGCCCCCUUAUUCUCGACGCGCGCUGUCAAAGCCAUUGAGCCUGAAAUCCAGGCCACUGUUGAGCAGCUUUGUAUGAUGUUCCAACAGAUGAAGGAUGACGAACAGAUCAUCGAGCUACGGCGCUUGUUUCUCGCGUUCGCCACAGACGUCUCCACCAGCUACAUAUUCCGCGAAUCUCUGGGGAUGCUACAGAGCCCAGCCAAGACGAACGACUUCGCUACCUCUUUUUCCAAGAUGCAAGGACUAUUUCCGCUUUUAAAACAGUGUCUGUGGCUCGUACCCUGCGCACUCAAGGCUCCGCUGUGGCUAGUUCAAAUCGUAAUGCCCGGCGUAGUACCCUUACUACAAAUGUAUCGUGUCAGUGCGAACUGCGAGGUGGAGAAGCAAGACCUCUUCCGUGCUAUCCUCGAAAGCAAGCUCCCACCGCACGAGAAGAGCUACCAUCGGAUCGCGCAUGAAGGCGUUGAGGCGUUGAUUGCCGGCAGCCUCACCACUGGAAGAGUGCUAGCAUUAGCGACGUUCCAUAUCCUGAGCAGUGCUGUCAUCCUGGGCAAAGUGCAGGACGAGGCUCAUAAGGUGAUGCCGGACCAUGCAACGAUUCCGAGCAUCGCAGUCCUAGAAAGCUCCGCGUAUCUGAGAGCCAUUGUCAAGGAAGCACUGCGUUUGGCACACAUUGUCACCGCUCGCUUUCCUGUGGUCGCCCCUAGAGAGGACCUCCACUACCAAGGCCAUACGUUGCCUGCUAAUACUAUCAUAAGCGUGACACCGGCGUGGACUUUGAUGAAUUCCGACGUCUUCGCCGAACCAUACACCUUCCGUCCUGAGCGUUGGCUGGAAGCAGACACGGCACACCUGGCAAUGAUGGAGCAGUACUGGAUACCCUUUGGUCUCGGCAACAGGAGAUGCUUGGGCAUCAAGCGAGUAAUUCUCAUCCAUGCUGCUGAGAAUGACCAAACUGACGUAAUAAACUGUAGCUUUGCUAUGACCAACAUUUUAACUGCCCUCACUGUCGUCUUCCGCCGCUUCCAGCUGGAAUUGGUCGAUACCGUCCGCGAGCGAGAUGUGGAUCAUAGCCGCACAUGGUUCAUUGGGGAGCCGCGAGCGGACAGCCUCGGUAUUCGAGUGCGCGUGGUAAAGGCAAAAGAGGCGUGA